AUGACUUCCUCUGUGUUACUCGUGAUUGUGAGACUGUGUCUCGUGUUUCUCUCCACCGCUUUUGCCUUCCCACCACUGCCACCCUUAAACACCGCAGCUUCCACCACCGUGACCACCAAACCCCGCCGUAUCGCUACCAGGCUCCCUCACUGGCAUGCUCAUGCCACCAACUCAAACCACCACUCUCCUGCGCGCGUAUCCUACCUCGUGGCAAAGGCCAAUGGAGCCAGCGAUGACAUCCGAUCGCCGGUCAUUGCCGAGUCCUCCGGUAUGCAGUUUAUGGUCAAUAUCUCGUUCGGAAAGCCGCCGGUUCCUCAGCUCCUAACCAUGGACACCGGAAGCAACCUCUUAUGGAUUCAGUGCCUUCCGUGUGUCAAAUGCUUUCAACAAAAAAGCCCACUAUUUGAUCCUCUAAAAUCUUCCACAUACACCAACCUACCUUGUUAUUCUCCUUUUUGCUAUAUUCCAAGCAAAGACAAAUGCGACCCUUAUAACACCUGCAAGUUCUCCGAAACCUACAAAGACGGCACCGCAGUUUCAGGUCUCCUCGGGACCGACGAUCUCACCUUGGAGACUUCCGACGAAGGAACAACCACAGUUCGUCAGGCUCUCAUGGGCUGUGCUCAUAACAACGACGGCUACAACGGCGAACCAAGUGGGAUUCUAGGGCUAGGUCCUUCACGCUUGUCCUUAGUGACAAAACUGGGCUCCAAGUUUUCCUACUGCCUUGGUUCCAUAAGAGACCCAAAGUAUCCUCACAGUGUGUUAAUUCUAGGAGAAGAAGCUGCCAUGGAAGGAGACACAACCCCACUUGAGAUCUUCAACGAUCUGUACUAUGUAACCCUAGAAAGCAUAAGUUUUGGAGACAAGAAACUAAACAUUGAUCCAAAUUCAUUCAAAAGAACACCAGAAGGGAAAGGUGGGGUUGUGAUUGAUUCAGGAACAACAAUAAGUUAUCUUGUGGUUGAAGGUUACCGACCAAUCAUUAAGGAAGUGAAGAACUUGCUGGACUGGAAGCUUAAACCAGUGGUUGAGUUUGGGAAUCCAAGUAUCUGUUAUGAAGGGGUUAUAGAGAGAGAUCUAAUAGGGUUUCCGGUGGUGACGCUGCGUUUUGCUGGAGGGGCUGAGUUGGCUUUGGAUGUGAAUAGCUUCUUCCAUGAGAAUGGGAAAGAAGAGUUUUGUGUAGCCAUGGAGGAGUCUCAUGAGGAUCUCAGCAUCAUUGGGGCUAUGGCUCAGCAGAAUUACAAUGUGGGUUUUGAUAUUAAUGCCCGCAAGCUUGCCUUACAGAGGAUAGAUUGUCAGCUUCUUGAUUUGAGACGGUGA